AUGAAACGGUGGAUCGUUUUUGCAGCGCUAUGCUUUUGUAUUCUGAAUGUCAAAGCAUUUGUGAUUGAUAACGAUGAAUCCUGUGAAUCGGAAGAAAAGCAGCAGAAAAUGAAGUGUCCAAAACACUACAAAGGAUACUACCGUCAGCCAACAGCCACAAACAAUCAGACGAAAAUGUGGUGUCUCCGUGUGGUUAUGGUCAACGUGUCGGUUUCGGAACAGGCUGCUCAGCAAGCUUGUAACGCUGAAGGAGCCGUUUUGUCGACGUUUGCAAGCUAUGAUGAGCAGAAGCAUAUCGUUAGACACGCAUCAAAAUACUUCCGCUACAACAACAUCACCCAAGGAUCGAUUUGGCUUGAUGGUGUUCGUAUCGAACAGUGCAGAACAUUAAAUGUCACUCAACAAAUCGCCGCUCCUUGCAAUGAUAAAACCAAGGUGUUCGAUAUCACCGAUCCAAGAACCGAUCCAAAGUACGCAUGGACUCAAUGGUACAGAACUGCACCAUCUUGGGCAUAUUGGCCAAUAAGAACCGAGGAGUACAGUACCUAUCCGACUGUUGACUCAAUCACCGCCGAUUGUGUUCAAAUGUGGAUUUAUCCUGGAAACGACGAUCGUAACGGACAGCUUCACGCGAUUCACUGUGACAUGGCCGUACCACCAUAUGAUUUCGAGAAGGCACUAUUCACCAACUACGGAUACGUUUGUGGACGUCCGCCAUGCCACAACAAUCAAUAUCGAUUUUCCUCAGAACAGCAAAAAGAAGAAAAGUACACGAGAAGAGUUGCCGAAUCAAUACUGUCGAUCCGAGAAGAUGAUGAGAUCGAACGGGCGCGGCGUCAUGCACCCAAUGAUGAGUCGCCAAGAGACUCCAACUUCGUAAUUCGCUCUACGGCAAAUCGUCGUCCGGCGAAGAAUUCCUUCUCGAACACUUGCUACGACAAUCUAUCAUCCCGACGCAGUUCGACACGUACCACUGAAAACUGCUUCAGUCUUGCCACGUCAACUGGAACGACGUCUUCAAUGUCAUCGGCAUCCAAUCGCGCUCCAUUGAACAUGAGUAGCCGUUCGAGUGAUAGUCAUUUGCUGACACUGGGAUCGGAUUCUCGUCCGAUUUCCGCGAAUUUGAAUAUCGCGGCGACGAUGGUGGAGCCGAAUUUGGAAGAGCAUUAUAAGGGUGUGUUGAAUAAGAAGGAGGCGUCGAAUGUGACACGAAUCGGUGAUUUCAUUUUGUAUUAUCGUGUGGCGAAGGAACCGAAAAAGACUGAAGUUUCCAUCAAUAUUCCAUUUGCUCACUGA